AUGAGCGCUCAACAGCCCUCGGCAGUCCCCGCCUCGGCGACCGAGUCCGUUUUGCAGAGCUCGCAACCUGUCCCGGAGGGGUCUCACGUAGUGACUGGUGUGGAUUUCGAUAAGUUUCAGGGACGAGACAUUACGGUUGCCGAAAUGGUGGACAACCUAGCCCACACCGGCUUCCAGGGCAGUGCGGUUGCGGAGGCUGCGCACAUCAUCAAUGAAAUGCGCGCCUUCCGUCACCCCGAAACUGGAGACAAAACCACCAUCUUCCUCGGCUAUACAUCGAAUCUGAUUUCAUCCGGUCUACGGGACACGCUGCGUUAUCUCGUGAAACAUAAACAUGUGUCAGCCAUUGUGACCACUGCCGGUGGAGUGGAAGAGGAUUUGAUCAAAUGUUUGGCACCCACAUAUCUCGGGUCCUUCUCGACUCCUGGGGCUGGACUUCGUGCCAAGGGUCUCAAUCGCAUCGGCAACCUACUUGUACCCAACAAUAACUAUUGUGCCUUCGAGGAUUGGGUGGUGCCCAUCCUGGACAAGAUGUUGGAGGAGCAGGAGACUGCCAAGAUCAAGGCUCGGGAGACUGGGGACGAGGAACACGAGCUUCACUGGACGCCCAGCCGCAUCACCGAGCGAUUGGGUCGUGAGAUCAACCACGAGGAUUCGGUCCUGUACUGGGCGGCCCGGAACCAAAUCCCUGUCUUCUGCCCAGCCCUGACGGAUGGGUCUCUGGGCGACAUGCUUUACUUCCACACCUUCAAGUCUUCCCCGCAACGACUCCGAGUGGAUAUUGUGGACGAUGUGCGCCGCAUCAACACCAUGGCUGUCCGGGCGGUGCGCGCGGGCAUGAUCAUUUUGGGCGGUGGUGUGGUCAAGCAUCAUAUCGCAAAUGCAUGCUUGAUGCGCAAUGGGGCCGAGCACGCAGUUUAUGUGAAUACCGCGCAGGAGUUCGAUGGGAGUGAUGCGGGCGCGCGACCAGAUGAAGCGGUGAGCUGGGGCAAGAUCAAGGCGGAUGCCAAGUCUGUCAAGGUGUAUGCGGAGGCAACGGCAGUAUUCCCCAUGAUCGUGGCUGCUUCGUUUGCGCGCGCCGAGCCACAAAAUUUGGAGCCACAAAAUUGA